AUGGUCAGUUUGGAAACGGGGUCAAAUGGUCAUGUUCUUUUGUUAACCACUUCCUGUUUCGCUUUUCAAGAAGACUUACAUGGCGAUGGUAACAUUUAUGCAGCUGUAGUUAAUUCCUUGCAAGAGCUGAAAGUUCGAAAACUGGCUGAAAAAGCAGGUGUUCAUUAUGCACAAAAUAAUAUACAACGUGCAUCCAGCGUUUGCUACGAUGAACUAGGAUGCUUCGACAAGAAUGGCACUUUCAAGCACCUCAAGCAACUUCCUGAACCUCCCGAGUCAGUAAAUACUCAGUUUUUGCUCUAUACAAGAAAAAACCAGCUCAAGCCUCAGAUGCUCGAUUACAAAAAACCAGAAACCAUUCUCAACAGCAAUAUUAAUCCUGCUUUGCCAUUAAAAUUCAUCACUCAUGGGUUUGGAGGGAAGAACAACUUGACAUGGGUCUGGGCAAUGAAAAAUGCCUUUCUGAAGAAGAUGGAUGUGAACGUUAUCAUAAUCGACUGGAGUCUAGGAGCCAGGGUACCGUACUACAUCGCCGCAGCCGUUAAUUCUGAACUGGUUGGGGCCCAAGGUGCUUUCCUUUACUAUUUCAUAAAGGAUAAUUUGGGUAUCAUGGAAAAGGAUUUGCAUGUCGUCGGAUUCAGCUUAGGAGCACAUGUGGCAGGAUUCUUCGGGAAGCGUAUGAUGGAGAUGAGGGGCACUAGACCAGGCAGAAUAACAGGUCUGGAUCCAGCAAGUCCUCUAUUCGAAGAUUAUGGAGAAGAAGUUCAUCUCUUUAAAGACGAUGCUGAUUUCGUGGAUGUUAUUCAUACCAAUGCUGAUCUGCUUCUUUAUGGGGGUGUCGGAAUCGGCAUUCCGAUUGGGGAUGUGGAUUACUACCCAAAUGGAGGGAAACGGCAGCCUGGCUGUGGUAGCACUCUUAAAGGAGCUUUCCUAGAUAUGUUUAAGGGCGAACGGGAACGAACCUGCAAUCACGAGCGAGCUGUGCACCUCUUUACAGAUUCCAUUCUUAAACCGACGUCUUGCCAUUACGUCGGUUAUAAAUGCAGCAGUUAUUCGGAUUUCGAAUUGGCGAAGUGCAUGAGUUGUGAAGAGACGUGCGGCCGCAUGGGUUAUCAUGCCGAAGGAACAGGAAUUUACUAUUUGAAGACCAAAGCAAAAGUCCCUUUCUGUGCUGAUGUCGUCAAACUCACUACUACUUUCGCCAAGGGCCUCAAGAAAUCUUACGGCGCUGUCAUUCUUACGCUUGUUGGACAAAAUGGACAAAAGGAAAAUAUUACUUUGACAGAAAAAGACGAGAAACUUGUUCCUGGAGGAGUAAAAGUGCUGGCUAUUACACUGGGAGAACCUUUUAAACCACUCAAAGAAAUACAAGCUCUUUAUUUGAGAUAUAACGGAUGGUUUACGAAAGGUGAAGAAACAUUCGGUAUCGAUUCGGUAACAAUUAAAGAUAGCGAAGAUGAAUACGUCUACAAAAGCUGCAAUAAUGGUUUGAUUUUGAAGGACAGUGAAUAUCAAACUUUAAAGGAAACUGACGUAACCUGCUGAGGAACAAUGACAGAAAGCAUUAUUUUUAUCAUUAAAAUAAAAAUUCCAGCCAAAGUUCAUGAUAAUUUUAUGUAAAUAAAACUUAUUUUUUUAAACUACUCGUAUUUAUACUUCUUAAUAGUAGAGUGGAUGUACUUCAUAAUCAGGAAUGAAAUAAAAUAUUUUAACUGAC